CGUGUCUCGGUUCCUGAGUCUCACGACCCAGGGGAGGCGGCGGCGACAUCUCUCUCUGCUAAAGGACUCAGCGUCCAGUACUCCAGCCGAAGGAUCUAAAGGGACAGCAACCCGCGCCGCUACAAUGUCCAACUUCUCCGGCAACUGGAAAAUUAUCCGAUCGGAAAACUUCGAGGAUUUGCUCAAAGUACUGGGGGUGAACGUGAUGCUGAGGAAGAUCGCUGUGGCUGCAGCGUCCAAGCCAGCAGUGGAGAUCAAACAGGAGGGAGACACUUUCUACAUUAAAACCUCUACUACCGUGCGCACCACAGAGAUUAACUUCAAGGUCGGGGAAGAGUUUGAGGAGCAGACUGUGGAUGGGAGACCCUGUAAGAGCCUGGUGACAUGGGAGAGUGAGAACAAAAUGGUCUGUGAGCAGAGGCUUCUGAAGGGAGAGGGCCCCAAGACCUCCUGGACCAGAGAACUGACCAAUGAUGGAGAGCUGAUCCUGACCAUGACGGCGGAUGACGUUGUAUGUACCAGGGUCUACGUCCGCGAGUGACUGGCUGUGGGUCUAAAAGCUGCCUGAGCCCACCACCAACACAUGCUCACCACCCUCCCUCCCAUUCCCUCCUUCUAGGCUAGCUCUCCCUUUACCCUGGUCACUUAUGGGGGUCAAUGGGAUGCCUCUUGCAGGGUUUUGCUUUCUUUGGCCCCUUCUCUCCUCCCCAUACUAGCAAAGAGGGAUGGAUUGCAAGAGCCCAGAUCGCCCAUUCCGGAAUCACUCCCCGCCUCCCCAAGUAUGCAGUCCCAGCCCCAAACCAGCCCUGAGCAGGGUCUUUCUGUGAGGUGACCUGAGGGCCUGAGUGGGAAAGACUGGCCUUCUGGCUUCCACUCUUUGUCCCUGUA